AUGGACGGCGGUACGGAGGGGGCAUUACCUCAGAAGAAAGACGGCUUCCUCAUUCCACCAUGGUAUGAGUAUCAAACGCCAAACCUUUACGAUCUGAACAUUGCGAGUAUCAUAUGGGGCUUCUCCCUCGCAUGUGCCGUCUUUACCCUGAAAAAGGCAAUUCGGCAAAGCUGGAGGUCAUAUAAGAGGGGAAAAAUACGGAACCCAUACAUUGUCAUGGUCUGGGCUGAGUGGACAGUCUGUGUCGUUAUAUCCGUCGUCGUCUGGCUUUUCUUGAGCCCAAGUUCGAGUGUACUGCCGAGCUUUUGGUUGUAUUUCGGCCUCCUGUGUCUUUGGGUAAUCCAGAUCCAAUGUAUUCUCCAGAUCAUUAUCAACCGUGUGCGGCUUUUGAUGACAGAUCAGAGGAGGGCUGAUCACCUCAAAUGGACUGUUGCCAUCUUUAUUGGUCUCAUCAACAUCAGCGUUUUCAUCAUUUGGAUACCUGCUCGGCUUCAGAUAUCUCAGAAGUGGAUCGGGAUCAACAACUGGUGGGACCGCGUCGAGAAGGCACUAUUCGGCGCCGUCGACAUUGGUCUCAAUCUAUACUUUGUAUACCUGAUACGUUCGAGACUUAUCGCCAAUGGGUUGACGAAGUACCAGAAGCUUUUCCGCUUCAACAUGAUGAUGAGUUUCAUCUCAAUGUCUUUGGACGUUCUUCUAAUAGGAGUCAUGUCGCUGCCGAGCAAUACUAUUUACCUCCAAUUCCACCCAUUGGUAUACCUUGUCAAGCUGCACAUCGAGAUGAACAUUGCCGAGCUUAUCGUAAAAGUGGUGAAAGCGACCAACCACCUGAAUGAAUACGGAACCGAGAGGCAAGGCGUGCACAUAACACCCCCAGGCGGCGGCGCUCACCCUUCGCACAGGUUGGCAGGAGGCAACAUACAUCGGUCUAGUGGUAAAAAGGUGACCCCCUUAAGCGGGGAUCUAGAGGACUGGGAUACCCCUAGCGGGUCGGGAAACAAGAGUCGUGCAGAAGAAGAAGCCUUCGAUCAGGGUCCCCUCAUGGAAGAUGGCGGGGGCGGUCAAGGAGACGAUCACACAAUCAACUGUGCCGACGAAGGGGUAGCUCAGUGUGAAGAGACGGCGGUGGAGGCACCCGGCGACAAGUCCGAAGGCAACUCGAAUUGCACUUCGACAAACGUUCUUGCGUCCAAAGAGUAG